GCUCCAGUUGCUGGGUGUAAAGUGAAUGACUAUGCAUCUGUCUGAUGUCUUUGAGUACAGUGAAGAUGUCAAGAGCAGCGGCACAGAGGAGUCCCUGGACAACUUUGAAAACAAGGACUGAACACUGAGAUUCAAGAGCUGCUCUGUAACCCAGCACAGAUUGUGUGCUAUCAGUAAACUAAUCCACCAUGAGUACCCAAGUGGAGGCAGAUGUCCGCACCAUCUCUCCUGAGAUGCCGGCCAUGUUUGAUGGCGUGAAGCUGGCUGCUGUAGCUACGGUGCUGUAUGUCAUAGUGCGGAGCCUGAACCUCAAGUGUCCCACAGCGGCCCCUGACAUCACCUGUCAAGACACCCCUCUCAAUCGCUACCUGCUGAAGUCUUGCCCUGUUCUAACCAAAGAGUACAUCCCUCCCUUGUUAUGGGGAAAGAGCGGACAUCUCCAGACUGCUCUUUAUGGGAAGAUGGGAAGGGUGAAGUCCCCUAAACCUUGUGGGCUGCGUAAAUACCUUCCCAUGCAAGAUGGAGCCACUGCCACCUUUGACCUGUUUGAGCCACGGGGCAUCCACAGCACAGGAGAUGACAUCACCAUGGUGAUCUGCCCUGGGAUUGGAAACCAUAGUGAGAAGCAUUAUAUACGGACCUUUGUGGAUUAUUCCCAGAAACAAGGCUACAGGUGCUCUGUUCUCAACCAUCUUGGAGCGCUACCAAACAUCGAGCUGACUUCCCCGAGGAUGUUCACCUACGGCUGUACCUGGGAGUUUUCAGCCAUGGUGGGCUACAUUAAACGCACAUUCCCACAAACUCAGCUCAUUGUGGUGGGCUUCAGUCUGGGAGGGAACAUUGCCUGCAAGUACCUGGGUGAGAAUCCAGCCAAUCAGGAGAGAGUGCUGUGCUGCGUCAGUGUCUGCCAGGGAUAUAGUGCUCUGAGGGCUCAGGAGACAUUUCUACAGUGGGAUCAGUGCAGAAGGCUGUACAACUUCCUCAUGGCAGACAACAUGAAAAAAAUCAUUCUAUCUCACAGGGGAAGUUUAUUUGGUAUGAGCUCUAGCAAAAUGGAGUCUGCCGACCUCAGCCGUCUGUAUACAGCCACCUCACUCAUGCAGAUUGAUGACAACAUUAUGAGGAAGUUUCAUGGACACAACUCUCUAAAGGAGUACUACGAGAAGGAAAGCUGUGUGCAUUAUAUUCACAAUAUCAGCGUUCCUCUCUUCUUGGUGAACUCUUCAGAUGAUCCAUUAGUCCACCAGUCACUGCUGACGAUCCCUCGCACACUAGCAGAAAAAAAGGAAAAUGUGAUCUUUGCACUGACACUCCAUGGAGGUCAUCUCGGCUUCUUUGAAGGUGCUGUUCUUUUUCCUCAACCUCUUUCCUGGAUGGAUAAAGUCAUAGUCAGUUACGCCAAUGCUAUCUGCCAAUGGGAGAAACACAAGCCGCAGUGCCAGAAGGAAAAAUAAACCAGCCUGCAGCACAAAGCAUAACACUUUAUGGAGUUUUGCUUGAUUGCUCUGAGUUGAGGUUAGAUGAUGGUUCUAAAGGUUUGACUCACCAGAGUUUGCUCUGACCUUGAAGAAGGAAUCCGAGAGGAAGCACAUACAGUAAUUUACACCGACUAUAAGUUGAGUCAGAUGUCAGUGGUGUAUCGCUACAAAGCUGGACAAACUGUGCAGAGGGAUUCGUAACAUGUUUUUAAAAAGGAAAACAUAUUUGUCAAGAGGAGUUUGUAAAGAGGUUAAGACUAAUAACUAACACACGUUUACCAGCUGUCAUUUACAUAGUUUUUACUAUACUAUGUUGUCAGCGUAUCUGUUUUAUGAGAUGUUAAAAUUCUGAUUAGUUUGAAAAUGACAAUAUUUAGUGAUAUAAGUUUAUUAUAAUUUGAAAGUUCGCACAUACAUUUAAAUGGGCAAUGUCUUUCAGGUUGCCUUAUGUUUAAUUGACACUUUAUUCUAUUUUUAAAUGUAUCACUUUAUUGCUGCUUCAGUGGCACAAUUAUUUUUAGUAAAUUGUUUUCUGUAGAUGGGAGCGCAAACGAUUGUAGCAAUAUUCAUUUGUCUGGCAAUAUCUCCUUCAGUUGGCCUCUUUCAAAAGUACAUGAUUUUAUUACUAUGUGGAUGAUCUAGGUCUGCAUUUACGAAAUGUCUUAUGUCCAACCAGCAGAUGGUGAAAAUGUUUUUCUUUUCAAUCUCUGUUGUUCUUACUGUCGUUCUCUGAUGUGUUAUAUUAGACCUCUAAAUAUACAUGUCCAAUUAUUUGCUUUCAAUGUAACAUUAAACCAAGGUAAGAACAAUGA